AUGGCGGCUGCCAUCCAGCAUCCUGAGGGAGGAACUGUUCUGGCCACGGUUGAUCCCCCGGUCCUCUCAGUGAAGAGGCUAUUUUUAAACAUAGAGUCCAACAACAGGUAUUUGAUUAAAAACAACCUCGGCCAGAAAAUAUAUUAUGCAGCUGAAGACAGCAAAUGCUGCAGCCUGCUCUUCUGUGGAUCUCAUCGUUGUUUUGUUAUACACAUUACGGACAACUUUGGUCAAAUAAUAAUGGACAUUUUAAGGCCUUUACGAUGUUCAAAGUGUUGCUUCCCUUGUUGUCUUCAAGAGCUGGAAGUACAAGCUCCACCAGGCACUCCAGUGGGAUACGUCGUUCAAAACUGGCACCCAUACUUGCCUAAAUUCACAAUUCAGAAUGAAAGGCGAGAACCUGUAUUGAAAAUGGCAGGUCCAUGUGUUUUAUUUUGUUUUUCCGAUAUUGAUUUUAAGGUGACAUCUCUUGAUGAAACUAUGCUUGUUGGAAAAAUCAAAAAGCAGUGGGGUGGAUUUAUAAAAGAAGCUUUCACUGAUGUGGACAAUUAUGAAAUACAGUUUCCAAAAGACCUGGAUGUGAAAAUAAAAGCUGUAUUGAUUGGUGCUUGUUUCUUAAUUGAUUUUAUGUUCUUUGAAGAAAGACCUAGCCCAGAAAGAUAGUGAACAAAUAAAGUGCCAUCGUUUCAAAAGUCAUG